AUUAUGUAGCUGGCUUACACAGCUGCCACUAUGCUCUAUUUUCGUAGCGACGGUUGCGAGCAAUGACGUCUGCGAGCUGUCCACUUUCCAGGGAUCUCAUGUAUGUAAUCGUGCAAAAGUGGGAUAGACCAAUUGCUGCUCUUGAUUGCGAUAUUUGAGUCGAUGCAAGUCGGAGUCGGGACCCAGUUCUAGUUCAGCCCCGGAUGUAAAGCGUCGUAUCCUACUUACACCCGGGACCCCUCUCGCCUAUAUAUCAUGGUAGAUGCCCUCCCCUCAUCUCAGGGUGGUCAACAACAACAACCAGCACGUUAGUCCAGCAAGAUAAUCCAGGAAAAAGAUAAGAUGUCUCAAGCUACCAAGCCCCGAGUUAUCCUCGGUCUCAUGACCUUUGGUCCCAACGAGAAUGACGGCGCCAGAAUCACCGAUCUAGACACUUUCAACAAGGCCCUUGACGUCCUGCAGGCUCGGGGCUAUAAUGAGGUUGACACAGCGCGAGUCUACGUUGGCGGCACCCAAGAAGACUUCACACGCCAGGCCAACUGGAAAAAGAGAGGCCUCACCUUGGCGACCAAGGUCAAGUACCCUGCGCAGCUUGGCGACAACACAGCCGAAAAGGUCGUCGAGUCCGUCGAGAAGAGCCUGAAGGAGCUAGACACUGAUUCCGUCGACAUUCUGUAUCUUCACAGGCCUGAUCGUGGAGUCCCCUUUGCUGAAACCCUCGAGGCUGUUGACCGUCUCCACAAGGCCGGAAAAUUCAAAAAGCUGGGUGUCAGCAACUUUACAGCUUUUGAGGUAGCUGAAGUCGUCAUGACAUGCAAAUACAACGGCUGGGUCCGUCCCACCAUCUACCAGGGCAUGUACAACGCCAUCACUCGAAACAUUGAGGCGGAGCUGUUUGUUGCAUGCCGUCGCUACGGCCUCGAUAUUGUCGUGUACAACCCCCUUGCAGGCGGUCUGUUCUCAGGAAAGAUCAAGUCCAGGGAUAUCCUCCCGGAAACUGGACGAUACUCCGGCAACACAGCCAUCGCAAACAUCUACCGCAGCAGAUACUUCCGCGACAGCACCUUUGAGUCGCUGAAGCUUGUCGAGGAAGCCGCUGAAAAGGCAGGACUAACGCUGAUUGAGAUUGCAAUGCGAUGGACUGUUCACCACUCCGGUCUCAAGAUCAAGGACGGAAACGAUGGUAUUAUCAUCGGUGUCUCUAACAUCGCGCAACUGGAGAACAACUUGGACAACGCUGAGAAGGGCCCGCUACCUGAGGAGGUCGUGAAGGCGCUGGAUGAAGCGUGGGCGAUCUCCAAGGCAGAGUCCACCAACUACUGGCACGGUGACUUGGAAUACACAUAUGACCCUAUCAAGGUCUUGUUUGGUGAAGGAGCGAAAUAAAAGCUGGGUGGGGGCAGCAGCCUUACUGUACCUGUAUAUGAAUGUCAGAUGACCGGGCCAUGCGCAAUCAAAUGAGCGUACUAUGAAGAUAAGGUCAACAGUAUACAAGUAGUUUGAACCCGUACUUCAUAUUGGGUCGAUACUCUAAUACAUGUCAUAUGAUGCAAAUUGAGUCUUCUGAGUUAGCAAUUCUAUCGGCGGCCAUGGGCCC